GUAAACUUCAAUCGAUCCGACGGUUUUCUUCGUAGUUGAAGUCAAAAACGUCUAGUCCUUGUCGUGCAUGCGAGUGUGAGUGUACGAUCUUCAUCGGUUGCAAGAAAUCUGUAUUAUAUUCCUAAAGAAAGUUAUUAGAGUUAAACCAAAAUGUCUGCUCCUGACAAAGAUGAAUUAGUCCAAAGGGCCAAAUUGGCCGAACAGGCCGAAAGGUACGACGACAUGGCGUCAGCGAUGAAGUCAGUCACGGAAACGGGCGUCGAACUAAGUAACGAGGAGCGAAACCUGCUCUCUGUAGCGUACAAAAAUGUUGUGGGCGCCCGGCGAUCCUCAUGGAGGGUUAUUUCUUCAAUUGAACAAAAGACUGAAGGCUCAGAACGGAAACAGCAGAUGGCUAAAGAAUACAGAGAAAAGGUGGAAAAGGAACUGCGAGAAAUCUGCGACGAUGUUCUUGGUCUCCUCGACAAAUUCCUCAUCCCCAAGGCAUCAAAUGCCGAAUCAAAAGUAUUUUACCUUAAAAUGAAGGGAGACUACUAUAGAUACUUAGCAGAAGUAGCAACUGGUGACACCAGAAACAAGGUGGUUGAAGAUUCGCAAAAAGCCUACCAAGAGGCUUUUGAUAUAGCCAAGUCCAAAAUGCAGUCUACUCACCCAAUCCGACUGGGACUGGCUCUUAAUUUCUCCGUGUUUUACUAUGAAAUUAUCAAUUCUCCAGCGCGUGCCUGCCACCUGGCCAAACAGGCUUUUGAUGAUGCCAUUGCUGAGCUGGACACACUAAAUGAGGACUCAUACAAAGACAGUACACUUAUUAUGCAGCUCCUAAGAGAUAACUUAACGUUAUGGACCAGUGAUACACAGGGUGAACAAGAUGAGCCUCAAGAAGGUGGAGACAACUGAGACGGCAAAAUCUCCGUUUUCAUUCUAUCCGUUAAAACUGAAUUUUCAUGUAAGUUAAAGUCUCCACGGAACUUUAUCGUAAAGUUUCGUUGACAGUUUUUAAGUUUCAUUGUGAUGAAACUUUUGAUAUUUAACAAUGUUUUAGGAGAUAUUGUAAGUCGUUAAAUUAUAUUUCACAUUAUCACACAACAGGCAUAACUUCCACAAAACAUUCAAAAAGCCAUACAUUACCUUCUUUGCUAAUAGUUGUGUGAUUCAAUGUCAGUUUCUUCAUCUUUUAUUAUACUUGUUUUUAUAUUUAAUUAUUUUAUAUAUUAUAUAUCCCUCCCGAAACAAAAUGUGUCAUUUGAUUUUGUCUUCUCCAGCACAUUUUUAAGUUCUAACUUGUUAACUAUUAAAAUUAUUAUUUAAACAGUCGUUUUAGUUUCGUUUCUGUUUUCUAGUUGUCCAUAUGAAUGCGAAUCAUAGCCUUCUUACCUGCUCUGUUUAAUCGCAUUUCUGCCCUAUCCACAAUGUUUUGCACUGCGCGGCCCCCUGGGCACUCCCUCCAAAUUCCCAUUCCAUUUCUGGUCACUUUGGAUGUGCUAUAUAUAAAAUGUAUGAAUAUGUAUUUAAACGCUACCAACUCUAUUUGUUUUCUGUUGUAUCUGUCAAUUAUAUUUGUCAGAUAAUAAUAAAUUUUUCAAAAUCA